CAAAAAGAAAACAUAAAUAUAAUCAAAACAAGCAAAAAGUUACACCGCCCUCAGCUCCCGCAAUCGCAGCCGAAAACCAGCAAUUUAGAUUAGCAGGGCGUUUAUUUUAUAAACAACGGAUAAGACUGUGUAUCAGCACUGGUAUUAUUAUUAUUAUUGUGGUGAUAAAAGAAACAACAGCGGAGCGACAAAGAGACUACUGACUGACCUGUCAUUGAUUAAGCCCUCCAUUUUUGUUUUGUUUCGUAGUCCACAGUUCUUCGUCGUCUUUCAAGCCGUUCGCAACCGUUGGAGCGUCUUCCCUUUCUCGUCGCCACAAUGUGCGUGAUAUUCUUCUGUGCAGACGCCAGCCCGCAGCCAGGUGGCUACAAGCUGAUCCUGGCCUCCAAUCGGGAUGAGUUCUUUGCCCGGGCCACACAAACGGCAGCCAAGUGGGCCAAUGCCGGUCAUGUCUACGGGGGCAUUGAUCUGGAGCCAGGACGGGAGGGCGGCACUUGGCUGGCGAUUGGCCAUUCCGGCGGCGUCUUCAAGGUGGGCGCUUUGCUCAAUUUGACCGGCGAGCCCAAGCCUCGCGAUGCAGUUGCGCACAAGAACAUUUUGCAGCCGCAUAAUCACAACAACAGCAACAACUGCAACCCCACCAGCUCCUCCACUACCUCUUACUCCUUCUCCAGCAACAACAACAACAGCCAUUUGAGUAAGGUUCAUCCGUCUAAUGAGCAUUUCUUACUAGGUCGCGGCAUGAUCGUGGCGGACUUUGUUACGGAAUCUGACGAGGAUCACAACAUCCUGAGCUACAAUCAAAGGCUACUCAAGGACUGCACCAAAUACAGUGCCUUCAAUUUUGUGUCCAUCGAAAUUGGACCAUCUUCUGUCCAGCCCACCGCCCGCGUCCAGCUUCUGAGUAAUGUACCGCCUACACUGGAGGAGUACCACAAUGGCAAGUGUUAUGGGUUCGGCAACAGUCUGCCGCACACACCCUUCGCCAAGGUGCAACACGGCCAGGCGGAGUUCGAGACGAUCGUUAAAGAGCAUGGUGGAGCCAGUGUGGACACCAUCACCGAGCAUUUGAUGAAGCUGCUCAAGAACUCACACAAAUUCUGGCCGGAUCCGGAGCUCAAGAGGCGGGCACCCAACUGGGGCGAGGGUCUGAGUGCCCUCAAUGUUCACAUCAGUGAUCAUGCCUAUGGCAGCCGAACCCACACCGUGAUCCUGGUAGACAGCGACAACAAAAUGCAUUUCAUAGAGGAAACAAUGACAGGGUUGGAUCCCAAAGGCGAGUGGCGGAAAACGCACAUUACUAAGGAUUUUUAAAAUCUUUAAAUUGGGAACUGCAAUGUCUGAGAAAUAUCAGGAAUAUUUAUACAACUAAACUGUAUUUGUGACGCUGGCAUUUUGCGAUUAAAUCGUUCAUAAUAAAUAGUCAUAGAUA